CUGCUCACUCGCUCGCCAGCUCCACGUCUGUCCUCUCCGCUCAGGAUGGGGAAAUGCUGCCAAGUCAGUACAAUGUGUGUCCUGUGUGUGGUUUUGGCCGUGGUUUCCGUGGUAACCAUCGUCACGUUGUGGACUAUUGCCCUGAUGGGCGGCGGCGGCGGCGACGUCACGGCUCUCUGGGACAGGUAUCGUCUCCCCACGUCUCUGGUCCCUGAGAGCUACAGCGUCACCCUGUGGCCUCGCCUGAGCCACGACACGAACUCCGGUCUCUACGUCUUCACAGGUCGCUCCUCGGUGCGCUUUGAGUGUGCGACGGAAACAGACGUGAUCCUGAUUCACUCCAACAAACUCAACUACACCCGCCUGAACAACAGCCAGCUGGUGUGGCUCAGUGCCGCAGAUGGUGGAGCUGUUCCAGACAUUCUGACCUCCUGGCUGCAAGAGAAGACUCAGUAUUUAGUCGUCCACCUGACGGGACCACUGACAGCGGGACAGAAGUACGAACUGUACGCCGAGUUCACCGGAGAGCUGGCCGACGACCUGGCGGGUUUCUACCGCAGCAAGUACGAAGAGGACGGAGUCAGGAAGAUCGUCGCCACCUCUCAGAUGCACCCAACUCACGCCAGGAAGACUUUCCCCUGUUUCGACGAGCCGGCCAUGAAGGCGGUCUUCAACGUGACGCUCAUUCACCCCCCGGGAACCGUGGCUUUGUCCAACGGCCUGGAGAUCGACGUCGCGAACGUGACCAUCGACGGGGAAAGCGUGACCCGCACCACGUUCGAGAGCAGCAAGAAGAUGUCCAGCUACCUGCUGGCCCUCGUCGUCUCCGAUUACGGACACCUGCGAGCCCGAGCCCGAGACACUCUGAUCCGUGUGUGGGCCCGGAGACGCUUCAUCGAACGGGGUCAGGGCGACUACGCCCUGAACGUGACGGGACCCAUUCUGGACUUCUUCCAGCAGUAUUACAACAUCUCCUACCCUCUGAGCAAGUCGGAUCAAAUCGCGCUGCCGGACUUCUACUUCGGGGCGAUGGAGAACUGGGGCUUGGUGACGUACCGAGAAACCAACCUUCUGUACGACCCGCUGACGUCCUCCAACAGGAACCAGGAGACCACGGUCACCAUCAUCGCCCACGAGCUGGCUCACAUGUGGUUCGGGAACCUGGUGACUCUGCGGUGGUGGAAUGAGGUGUGGCUGAACGAGGGCUUCGCCUCCUACGUGGCGUACCUGGGUGCGGACCACGCCGAGCCGGCGUGGAACGUGAAAGACCUGAUCGUGCUGGACGACGUCCACAGAGUGUUCGCGGUUGAUGCUCUGGCCUCGUCUCAUCCUCUGUCCUCAAAGGAAGAGGACAUCGUUCUGCCCGAUCAGAUCUCAGAGCAGUUCGACGUCAUCGCCUACAGCAAGGGUGCGUCUGUCCUCAGGAUGCUGUCGGACUUCUUGUCCGAGCCGGUCUUCGUCCAGGGACUCAACCGGUACUUGAACCACUUUGCCGAGAGCAACACGAUCGGCAGCGACCUGUGGGAACAUCUACAGACGGCGGUGGAGGAAAACCGGGUUUCGCUUCCUGCUUCGGUUGAAGACAUCAUGAAGCCCUGGGUGCUGCAGAUGGGCUUCCCCGUGGUUACCAUAGAUACCAGCAGUGGCGAGAUUACCCAGCAGCACUUUCUGCUCGACCCUGACUCCAACGUCACGGUCCAGUCACCGUACAAGUAUGAGUGGUUGAUUCCUGUCCGCUGGAUGAUGAACGAGGAGUUUCAAACUAAAAUCUUCUGGCUGCUGGAGAAACAAGCGGUGAAUCCAGACAUGAGGAGCGGAGCCUCGUGGCUUCUGGCCAACAUCAACGUGACCGGUUUCUACAGAGUGAACUACGACCUGGGAAACUGGGAACGCCUCCUGGCUCAGCUCAGCACAGACCACCAGGUCAUCCCGGUCAUUAACAGAGCUCAGCUGGUGGACGACGCCUUCAGCUUAGCCCGGGCUGGGCUGCUCUCCUCCUCAGUGGCCCUCAGGACCUCGUCCUUCCUGUCCCAGGAGACGGACUUCCUGCCCUGGCAGGCUGCUGUAAACAAUCUGGAUUAUUUCUACCUGAUGUUGGACCGGACAGACGUCUACCAGCCCCUGCAGGACUACGUCAGAAAGCAGGUGACGCCACUCUUCUUUCACUUCAAGAACACAACAGGAAAUUGGAGCCGAGUCCCUGAAGGACACACUGAACAGUACAGCCAGGUGCUCUCCCUGCGUACAGCCUGCAGCUGUGGACUCUCGGAGUGUCGCACUCUGAGCAGCAGCUGGUUCAAACGCUGGAUGGAGGAACCUCACAACAACAUGAUCCAUCCUAACCUCCGCUCGGCGGUGUACUGCAGCGGGGUGGCGGUGGGCGGAGAGGAUGAGUGGGAAUUUGCAUGGUCCCAGUUCAAGAUGGCGUCCGUGGCGAGCGAGGCGAGCGAGCUGAUGUCGGCUCUGGCGUGUGCGAGUGACACCAGGCUGCUGCAGAGGUAUCUGUCGUACUCGCUGAACUCGUCCCUGAUCAGGAAGCAGGACGCCACCGCCGUCAUCACGUCCGUGGCGGCGAACCGGGUUGGUCAGAGUCUGGCCUGGGACUUCGUGAGGGAGAACUGGAACUUCAUCUUCACUCAAUAUGGCGUGGGCUCCUUCUCCUUCGCCUCCAUCAUCACAGGAGUCACAGCCAGGUUCUCCACCCCCGAGGACCUCCGACAGCUGGAGGAGUUCGUGCAGCAGCAGGGGGCGGCGGGCUUCGGCCCGGCCACCCUGGCCGUGGACCAGGCCCUGGAGAAGACCCGAGCCAACAUCAAGUGGCUCCAGAAGAACAAAGAGGAGAUCCUGGACUGGCUCAGCGGUCAGGCCGGCCGGGGGGGGCGGGGCGCUCUGAGGCAGGAAGCACGCAAACCUCCGUCUCCGUGGACGGCGGAACAGUUUGGGGUGCAGGGAAUGAAAAAUGGCCGUCAUGAACAGCUGAGACUGGUCUUUACACUGAGCUCAGAUCAAUAA